UUUCGGAUGGACUUAGUCUUUGGUCCUCAGUCCUCACUAUCUGCCAUUUCUAAUCCGCGUUUUCCGUAACUUCUACUCUUCAUCUAAAUGUCGUCAAACUCACAUCAUUUGAGAACACCCUGUUCUUCUUUUCCCUCCUCUAAAACACCAUGAAAGCAUCUUCCAUUGCACCACUUCUAUGGCCAUUCUUUCUCCAAAAACUCACCUGUUCUUUUUUUUAGUUUUCAUUUCCCUUUGUUUUCCACCCAUUUCUUCACUUUCCACUCUUGCUAUUUCCAGAACUUCUAAUCACACAUUGGUUUGUGCAUUGAUUUCCUCUUCCUCAUUUCCUCGAGAAUCGUCCCUCAAUUGUACUAGCUUUCCUCAGGGAAUUCAAAUCCCUUUGAAUCCUUCUGUUCCUUUCAGUGGGAUGGUGGGUGGAAUUGGUUUCCUUUGCGGGUUAACCUCAUCUGAUCCUACAGUCAUGGUGUGUUGGAGGUUCUCAAACAAUGGCACCGACUUGACUUACAAAAGGAUUUAUGUUGGUCCAUUGCUCACAAAUCUUGAUUCUGGGAAUUCCCAAAUUUGUGGAAUUGUCAAUGGAACCAAUAGGCUUCAGUGUUGGCAGUGGCAUGAAUUCAGUUCGUCAAACAGAAGCUUGAUCACUUCAAAUCUUGCUGUCGGACAAGAUUUUGUUUGUGGGUUGUUGCGACUUGGUCAAAUCCAAUGCCUGGGAAGCUUCAGGGAUGUCAUUGACGCUGUUCCCUCUGGGAAUUACAGUGAAAUUGCGGCUGGUUCUCAAUAUGCUUGUGCCAUUUCCAGGAAUGGUAGCUUGGCUUGCUGGGGAAAAAUGGUAGGUGAAAAGCCUAUUGACCGAUUCAAAUCUCUUGCUUUAGGUGAUACCAGGAGUUGUGCUUUGAGGAUUAAUGGGACAGUGGUUUGCUGGGGAGAAAAUGGUUUUACUCUCCCUUCAUCUUUGAGUGACGCAUCUUUUGAAACGUUAGAAGCCAAACAGGAUAUUUUCUGUGGCAUUGUGACCUCUAAUUUUUCCUUGUUCUGUUGGGGGAAUGAUAUUUUCAAUUCAAAUCCAGCAGUGUUUAAUGGUGUAGAAGUAGUUCCGGGACCCUGUACCACUUCAUGUCCUUGUUCACGUUUACCGAACUAUGGUAGGUUUUGUGGUCAAGAACUAAUGAUAUGUCAACAUUGUGUUCCAGAAUUUGGUGAGAAUCCACCAAUUGUUAGCGGGUCAGGUCCUUCACCUCCACCAUUAUUCCCACAGCCAACGCCAUCUCAGUGGACUGGAAGCAGUGAUCCAUGGAAUACGAGAAAUGUGGCAUUUCUAGUGGUAGGUUGUGUCGGGUCCUUCAUGAUUUUGAGUGUCCUUGUUAUCUUGUUUCUCAAGUAUUGCAAGAUUAGAGGAUGCAGAGUACACGACUCUGGCCGACUUGAUGAGGCCGGGACACCUCCCCAGCAAGGCAGCCAGACAUCUCAAGUUCAAGAUCAAGUGGGUCCUCAGCUACCAGUCUUGGAAAAAAGACUAAAUCAAUUGAUUAGCAUGGGAAAUGGGGGUCACUUACAAGAAUUUUCCUUGCUAGUGUUACUUCAAGUGACGAAUAACUUCUCUGAGGAGCACAAAAUUGGGACUGGAAGUUUUGGUUCUGUUUAUCAUGCUACGUUGGAAGAUGGCCGCGAAGUAGCCAUAAAAAGGGCAGAAGCUUCAGCCUCAUCUUCCUAUGCUGGUGGUUCAAAGUAUAGACAAGAGGACAAGGACAGUGCAUUCCUCAACGAGCUAGAGUUCUUGUCACGCCUCAAUCACAAGAACCUUGUUAGGCUAUUAGGUUAUUGUGAAGACAACAAUGAACGCGUCUUAGUUUUUGAGUACAUGAACAAUGGCACUCUCCAUGACCACCUCCACAGGCUUGAGAACUCACCAUUAACAUCAUGGACUGCUAGGAUCAAGGUGGCAUUGAACGCGGCCCGUGGCGUCGAGUACCUCCACGAGUACGCCGUGCCAACAGUCAUCCACCGAGACAUCAAGUCUUCCAACAUAUUGCUCGACACCAAUGGUAAUGCCAAGGUGUCCGACUUCGGUCUGUCCCUAUUGGGGCCACAAGACGAUGAAACACACCUUUCUUUGCGGGCGGCAGGCACGGUGGGUUACAUGGACCCCGAGUACUACAGAUUGCAACAAUUGACAACAAAAAGUGAUGUGUACAGUUUUGGAGUAACGAUGCUAGAGUUAUUGUCAGGGUACAAGGCAAUUCACAAGAAUGAGAAUGGUGUGCCAAGGAAUGUGGUUGAUUUUGUUGUGCCAUACAUAGUACAAGAUGAGAUUCAUCGGGUGCUGGAUCGUAGAGUUCCUCCACCAACACCAUUUGAGAUUGAGGCAGUGUCAUAUGUAGGUUAUCUUGCAGCGGAUUGUACCACGUUAGAAGGUAGAGAUCGACCAACAAUGACUGAAAUUGUAAAUAACCUAGAAAGAGCCUUUCUAGCUUGUUUGGCCACUCCAAAUUUCUCUCGGUCCAACACAGAUUCAUCAAAAUAGUCAUUAUUGUUUGGCUUGUCUAUAUUGUAAUUAAAACAUUUUCCCUCAGUUUUCGUAUUUACAUUUAAUCAUCUUCUCAUA